GCUUAGAGGCGCAUUCGCGGCGGCAAAGUACGUGGAGGCGGGUGCGUCCGUGUUCGCCCUAUCCUCUCACCCUCCUCCCGUUGAUCCUCUUUCUCGUUCAUAGUAAGUUAGUCUAUUGACGUUACUCAGAACGGUGAUACGCCAUUAGGAAACGAAAAACGCGUGUCUUACUUCUCUGUCUGUAUAGCUUUAGGCGUGUUAAGAAAAAAUUAAGAAAUAAAAGGAGAAGGAAGAGUAGAAAAAUAAGGAGAAAGAGAAAGAGGAGAGGUGGAGGAAGAGAAGGAGGAGAAGAGAGAAAGAGAGAGAGAGAGAGAGAGAGAGAAAUAGUAAGGAGGUUUCACAUCCAAUUGGCGCCGUCUUUACCAGUUACAGAACAGUCAUUCGCGGCGCGCUGAUUCCAAGAGCGACGGACGACGGAUCGAUCAUAUCUGUUUUCACGCAACCUCUACGAGAAUUCACCCGCGCCAUCCGUAACCAUCUCUCCUUCCCCUCCCCUUCCUUUCCCCUACCCGUUGUUUUUUUUCUUUUUUCUUUUUUCUCUCUUUCAUCGUUUCCCCCUCUCCUUAGAAAAACAGACCGGCGCCUUCGUCCUUUCGAUCGGUCUUUCCCGUCUUAUCGUUCUUCUAACAUUCCUCCCCGUGCGUUCGCGUCCCUCCAUCUGGAGGAUUCGUAUCAUCUAUUUAAAAAAAAGGGCAAAGAUUCGCAAGAGGAUAUCCCGUGCGCGUAUUUCGAUACCGUUGGAAAGUAUCGAUAUCCUUUCAAGGAGAAUCACGAUGCUCGUGGUUUGAAGUUAUAAACGGCGUCAAUGAGCAUUCAAGUAUGUACGAUUGAUUGAGGACAGUGAACACACCGGGAGAUCGGAGAAAGAUCAGCGAAUAGAAGAGACGGCCAUCAUGGAAUUCUACGACGUGGGAAGCAGCGAUCUCAGGGAGUUGUGGGAGUCUUACCUCACAGAACCAGGACUUGGACAGGACGUAUCAAUGACAUCGAGAGAAGAGGAAUGGGGUAAUGUUUUGUGCCUCAGGGACAAAUCAUCCUUGAGUGUCGUCCUGAGAGAUCGUUUGAUGACAGAUGCUGCGUUAGGUGGACCACGUCCUAUAAAAUCCGAACAUAGUUAUAGUUUACUGGCUUCCAGUCCUCCACCGAGUCCAGCAACUUCUGGGACCAACCCUUGUACAGCGAAAAGUUCUGUACCUUCUACCAGUACGGCUGGUACGAUGGCGGUCAAUACCAUUUCUUCUAUUGAUUCAAAUAAUUUGGAUCACAACAAAUCUUUGGAUAUCCGGCCGAGAUUCGAUGAUAUGGAAGACGAAUGCUUUCUAGCAAUUUCAAUGAAUUCAUCCCGAAACGAGGAUCAAUCGUCACCUUUACCCCUUCAAACAACUUAUACCUCGACUGUAAUUUUGAAGAAACCUAAUGUAGUACCUGAAGAUAGCGAUUAUUCCGAAAUUAAGGGCGAACCACUCAGUGCACCCGGUAGUCCUUGUACGCCCUGCCCUUCGUCGAGUUCUACAAUAGAUGAUAAAAGUACGAUAACAAUGGUAUCGCCACAAAAUCUACACUUUUCUAGGAAUCAACUUGCUCCUACAAGCGAUAGCGAGGAAGACGAUGAGGAUUAUUAUCAGAGUAUGGAAGUAGAAGAAUACAGUAUACCAUGUGAAGAAUAUGAAGGAAGUCGCACCUCUAGACAAAGCUUACCUCCAACUCCUCCCAGUAGUGCGAGUUCAGAUAGCGAAGGUACAGCGUCAGCUUCUUGUUCACCCGAACGUCGAGAUUCUCAAAAUUCAUCGCACUCUCAAAAUAUUAGAGGUCUCUUAACACCUAGACUUUAUGUCACCAAUGCAACACAUACAACAAGGCAACCCAUUCAUACACCUUUAAUUUCUUGCCAACCAAAAGGUUCCACCGGAAUUUUAACGUUGACGGAAGAAGAAAAAAGAACUCUCAUAGCUGAGGGUUAUCCUGUACCUACCAAAUUACCUCUAACAAAACAGGAAGAGAAAUCUUUGAAGAAAGUACGCAGAAAAAUAAAGAAUAAGAUAUCUGCACAAGAAUCACGAAGAAAGAAAAAGGAAUAUAUGGACGGCCUAGAGAGGCGAGUCACCAUGUUGACAAACGAAAAUUCUUCAUACAAGGAUCGUUUGACAGUAUUGGAAGACACGAAUCGUGAACUAUUGAAAGAGUUGCAACGCCUUCAAGCACUUCUGCAGCUCCAAUCGUCUUAGCUUUUAUCUUGAUGGGAAACAAGAUUUUGCUGAUUCGUUGUCGUCGAUUUGGAAAAUGUAGCUCUUUUUGUUUUUUUCCGGGCUAGUUAUCCUCUAUCUUCUAAUGUAGAAUUGAGAUUAGUAUUUACGUUUAAAUUUUAAUUCCAAUGAGAGAGAAAACAUUAGAAGUAGUUAAUGGCAGUUGAUCGAUAAUCGUCAACAUUGAAACUUAGAAAAACAACAAAAGUGACUGUUCGUUGAUUUUUCCGAGAAUUUUGAUGUCGAUGGAAGAUUUAGUUUUUGGGAUUGGUGCAAUGUUGUUAGGCUCGUCAAGUCUUCCCUUCGAAUUGCGGAUAAACUACAGACGAUCUCGUCACGAUCGUAAUAAAUACAACAAUUUCUCGAAAGCAAGCGUUUUUUCGAGUUCCUUGAGUUUCAUUGUCUUCCUAGGAUUAUCGAGAAACGAAUUAAACCACGAUGAUCGCGAAGAAUAUAUUAUAAAUUAAUAUUGUGUCGUACACUUUGAACAGGAUAUACGUGAUCUAGCCAGCAGUGCCUUCGUAUUCUUUUAAACGUUUCUUUUUUUUUUUUAUUGUAAUUGCAACAAAUAGAGAAUGAGGAAAGAUGAGGAAGAGGAAAAGAGGAGAAGAAAGAGAAAGAGAGAGAAAGAG